UGUACAAGAAAUCAAUGAUUUAUUUCUUACAAAACAAAAUAAAAUUCAACAAAUAGCUCAAGAAAAUGUUGAGAAUCGAUUUAAAUUAUUGAAAGUACCUGAUACACUUCGUAAACGAACUCAACAAUUUCUAACAGUACAAAUAACUGAAAUGUUUAAUGCUUUACGAACAUCAACAAUUGUAGUGAAUGAAAGAGAAAAAGUGAAAUUAAUUGUACGAAAUGGUGAAGGUGCUUUACAAAAAUUAAUUACAGAUACUAUUCAAAGUGGACAACAAAUGUCAAAAGAUGUAGCUUCACAAAAAUUUGAACUAAUGUUUAAUAAUACGAUUCAAGAUAUUGACAAUCGAUUUGUUCCUGAAGAACGUUUGAAACAAGCUAUUAAACAUAUUUAUACAAAUUAUAAUAUCUAUGAAAAAGAAUAUUUACUAGAAUUUGCAGAUAUUUCUCAUCAUCUUUCAUUGUUAUCGAAUCUCAAUGAUAGUCAAGCA